AUGUUGCGACGCACACAGGUGCGGAGCAGCUCUUUGAUUUUCUGCGUCGGCGUGAAGUGUGUGGAGCAGUGGAUGUGCGACUACGGCCCGCCCGUGCCGCUGCGGCGUUGCGCCGUUUCGCUGUUUCGCAGGGCCUUGACUGGGAAUGGCGGCCGGUGCUGGCUGCAACAGGAUCAACAGGGGCUGAGGCAGCAGAGCGUGCCGCAGUUUUGGUACGCCUGGCCAAAGCUGCGUGGACACAAAAUCAGCACGGAGGCAAAAACAAAUUGCCGUGCGUGUUGUUUGAGGGUGAGGAUUGGCACAACUGCACUGCGCGGAGGAGACUUGCCGAAGAAUUGCGACAGAAAGGUGUGGCUCUGCGGCAUGCCGGAGGACGAGCAGCCCUUGGAAGUGCCAAACGAGCUCGCGUCAGCAGCUGCAAAGGCUGCCAAAGAUGCGGAAGCUGCCGCCGUGCCGCCAAUUCGUGAGCCGGUACCUCCGCCGAUUUCAGACCCUCCAUCAGCUUCAAAGGCCGCCCGCCCGGCCAGCCGCAAACGCGGUGCAAGCGGGCCUGCCACCGUGUUCGAGGCCUUGGAGGAGGCUGCAGAGCUCUUUGUUGGUCUCCGCCACGCGAGAGCCGAGCGACUCAUGGUGGACAGGAAGCUCUGCAAGCUUGCAACGGACAAGAAACACCAAGCCGACCGCCACAAGCCUUCUCGGUGUGAAGGCAUGUCUGGACAACUGCGAGACGCAGGGCUUGCCGUCUCACCCUUGGUGCCUGCAUGGUCCUGGCUGCGCAAGAAAUGGCGAUCUGCCCUUCAAAAGCUCUUUCUGGCUCUCGCUGCAGCAGGCCUCUCCAUGCUGGUGUACCAGCGGCUCAGGCGGGCGAUCCGCAUGAGUAGGCUUGUCGACGAGCAGCUCGAGAGGUGGACGAAGAAGGGGCCGGCCAAAGAGCCAGUGGUGGAAUGUGAGGUUCCGGUCGAGCAUGGCGCGACAGGGCAGGAUGUCGAUCUGGAUGUUGUGGAGGUCCCUGUGGGCCUUGCUUUUGAGUGCGAGCGAAUUAGGCAGCAGCUACGCCAAAAGUUCGGCUGCGAGUCUGAUGCUGAGAUGGUCGAGGCGCUUCUGGGCCACUUCAAGGAGUGUGAGGGCAUGGUCCCCGAGGAGGAGGCUUUGCUGCAGCUGCCUUGGAUAGACGUUGCUGCUCUGGCGCAACUCACGUAUUGGUACGACCGGCGGCCCCGGGAAAGCGAGGAGCUUCAGGACGUCCCGAAGGAGGAGCGAAACCGUGAUGCCAAGUACGGGCGGUGGACGAAGAAGAUCGGCCGGGAGAAGGUGAUCUAUUCUUCUGUCGGACUGAAAUCCCGGGUCCGCACCCGGGGACACCUCGGCGCGAAGGUGUUUCGACGACCGGCCGGUGUAGACGUCACGCGGCUAUCGACUCUCCAGCGUGCGGCAUCUCUGUGCGGCCACGAGCCGCUGCUGUCUCUUGUAGAGUCCACCAUGGACAGCCUGCGGCCGAAGAACGUCGCUCGAAUCGCUUGGUCAGAGGUGGAAACGCACAACUCCAAGGAUGACCUGUGGCUUCUCAUCGAUGGGAAGGUCUACGAUGUGACAUCCUUCCUUUCGCUGCAUCCCGGCGGUGGUCAGCUAGUCGUCGAUGCUGCAGCGCAGGAUGCCACCUCCCUGUUCGAGAGGACGCAUGGCGAGGGGUUGAGGCCGCCGCCGCAUUACAAAACAGCCAGUGUUUCCCACACAAGUGCCCUGCUACAGUACAUCGGUGUUGGAUAUGACGAUCCAACAGAUUGGUUCCAACUGCAAAAGCAGACUAAGAAGUCCCGAAGUCUAAGUGAUGAUAUCGCUUCGGUUCACAUGGCCCAAGGGAAGGGCAGUUCCUGUCUUCGAUCUUCGCUCUUGGGCGUGUUUGCCUACUUCCUGGGGGUGUUGACUGUUGUUUGCUUUGAUGCCACCAGCAUCUCGCGACGGGAAGGAGAAGGAAGUGUGGAGACCUUCGAGACCUCAACCACCCAGGCCCUUCGGACCAGCGACGUGUCCGAACAUGGGUCGGAGUUCAGGCCAGAAUCGGAAGCAGAACCGCGAACCACGACAGGCACACCAGUGCUCACUACUGCGAAAGCAGGCGCCAAGGACAACGAGGACCCAGCCCCGUCUCCGGAACUGCUGAAAUCUGCACUGCGCGUGCGACACCCUGGGCCUCACGGACUCAAGUUUAUCCACAUCAGCAAGACAGGUGGGACCUCCAUUGAGCAGUUGGGCAUCAACUUGCCUGAGCAGUUGCGCUGGGGCGCGUGGGACCGUGAAGAGUACGGCUACCAGCAUGGGGCGUUCCGGUUCUUUCCGGCGACAAAGCGUGAAAAGUAUGAUUGGUUUUUGGUGAGCCGAAACCCCGUGGACCGCUUCGUCUCAGAGUAUCACUGUGGCUUCGAGGGUGUGAACUACAUGCAGUCCAGAUUCCACACCGAGAAAGACUUCAACCAGUGGAUUCAGGGGAGGGUGCGUCAAGGAGGAACGCCUGGUGGCCAUUUUAUUACGAUGACAGACUACUUAGAUGCAGAUCCUAAUGUCACCCAGCACAUCGUGCGCUAUGAGAACCUGAAUGCAGAUCUGCGCUUUGUGCUUGGUCUGUACAACAUUACAUUCAAAAGACUGCGGCAUGAUAAUGGCGGAGGAAAGCGGAUGUUCAGAAGAGGUGAUGUCAGCAACGAGACGCUUGCAUACAUCCGCAGCAGGGCGGUCGUGGCCGGACUGGUGACAGCAUCGAAGUGGACAUGGAGCGAUAUGGAGCGACACGACUCCCACGGCUUCCGGGAUCACGACCUCAGGUACUCACUUCGAUUACUUAACCAGUUCUUCAUUGGUGUCUGCGACAACCCGACGCAGGCGAAGCCGGCGGAGCCCGAGGCGCCGAGCAUGGAAUUCCUGCAAACUUUGAGGUCAAUUACUGGGGCUCUGCACACGUUUGACGAGGCGUCCUGGUUUCGCCGAUGCCCAUCGGCAUUGCAUCCAACAGUGUAUGUGCAGCAUGUGCAAGUCAGUGCCAGUGUGAAGGCGAAAGCAACGGGUGAAGCACAAGGAGUAUUGGCCGUUGCCGCCAAAGACAGCUGCAGCAGAGAUACUCCCAUCGGCGCUCAAAGUUUCCCGUUCGUAAAAGCCUGGAAUGCAAUGGGUGGAAUCCCGAUCUACCGCCACGACUUGGUCGAUGGUGAAGUGCGGGAGGUGUCAUGCGAGUCGUUGGACGACUGCUACGAGAAAGGCAUCAUGACGCCCGGCAUGAUGCUGCAUCGGAUGUGGGCGAGGGAGAUUGAUGAGGCCCUCGGGCGCCGGCAGGGGAAGUUGGAUGCACUGCAGAACGCAUCCGCAAUGCUGGCAAAGCAGACGCAGGUCAGGCGCAUCCUUCGCCGGAUGCUUGGUGCUGGCGACCCGCAAAAGGCUCCCAGCAUGCGAAUGGUGCGUCGCUUCAAGGACGAGCCAAGAGGUGUGACGGUGCUGAUGCUACUCUUCGAAUCCUGGCAAGGGCAGGCGGUGCCUGCUGUGAUUUUCGUGCCUAUUGGCAUGGAAAACAGCUCUGCUCAGCUGCCUGCAGUGCUUCAUUUGCCGGGGCACUUGGCUGGCGGCUUGCGGGAUCCCGAAGAGCAGCGCCUCUCGCUGGGACUGGCGCAGCGAGGCUUCGUCGUCAUGAGCUUCGACCCGAUCUCACAGGGCGAACGCACCCAGUAUGGCGACGGUGGAGAGGACAUCGA